CCCUCUCAAGGUUCCACAAGUCGUACGAAGCUUUCCACAGGUCCGACUUGAGGUCUCCACCGGUCAAAGAAGGCGCCCUGCUUUGCGCUCUCGGUGCGAUGCUCGCAGACGACCAAAGGAACAGAGCUCCGCACAGCUUGGCAGUUCGGUUUGCUGGUUCGUGAGAUUCGACCAACUCUGCGGGCUGGCUGAAGACCUCAUAGACAGUACACUUCUGCCGUGGCGGCCUUAUACUGGAGGUUUUUGUUGCACGUGAAUAUGUGUGAAUAUCAUCGAAUAUCAUAAUGAGGCUACACCUAUAGCAUCUAGCAGUUUAUCCAAAAAGACAUACCGUCCAAUUUGUAAGUCUUGGUCUUACCGAUCCACUUCAUUUUUGCUUGCUCCGCCGUGCUCCGCCGUGGCCCAAGCCUUUUGCGGUUUUUCUCACCCGCGGGGGGCACGCUGUGCAGUUUUCGACUGUGAGGCCAUCAUGAUGGCUGAGGAGGAAGGGGGUCGUCUCGACGACGAGAACCGUCAGCUGCUGAGGGCCGAGGCACUUCAUCAGCCACAACGUUCCGGCUUGGCACGGCUGCUGAAGUGUUCGCUGGUCGGAGUCGCUCUGGGCGCUUUAUGCCUUCUCAUUGGUGCAGCAGCAGCGCCUUGCACCUUCCAGGUAGCUUUGGAAAGGCUCGCACUACGCAGGACAUCCCAGCUCUACGAGAAAAGCCGGAGCAAGGUUGUCGCUGGGGAGCAGGCGCGGGCGACCUUGGACCAAAUCUCUUCGGAAGAGGAGGCCGCUCGUGUAGCAAACCGAACUCUUGAAGAGGCCGGGCGUCGAGCAUUGGAAUCCUUCGAAAAGCGUAUGCGACAGAGGAAGCAGCGGGUCUUGAUGGAGGAGGCCGCGAAGCUGAAGUCCAAGGUCUCGGCGACGCUGCCGCCGGACCCGGUCACCCGGGAUCUGGGCUACAUCUCAAAGAAGUUGCAGCUAGAGAAGAAUAAGUUGGACGAUAAUUUGGGCAUCACAUUGAAGAAAAAUAGGCAGAAUGUUCUGGUCCGAUGCUUGCUUGAUGUGCUGGCCUCCGUACAGAACGUCGCCGUUUUGGGCAUCACCAUCAAGGGCGAGAUCGACACCUGCAAAGCUACAGGUUCCAGCCCGAUGAUGACCCGCCUGGACAUGUUAGAACCUGGUGGCCAAGCCAUUGACGGCUGGGAGGAGACGGACAAAGCAAAGCUUGCUUGCUUUCUGAAUAGCAAUGGUCUGGUCUUUGUCAUGUCCAACUUGGCCACCGCCCUGUCCUUUGCUGCAGGUGAUUGCGCUUUUACCAUUUUUUUUAAUGAUACGGCGACCACCGAGAUCUACACGAACAACAACAGCGCCUAUUUUGAUCGCCUUUGUGCCGCUAACAUCGCGUCGACCAUCAACGUGAUAUCGCAGUUUGCUUCCGCCGGUGCAAUGGUUGGCACGUCGUGCCCCAAUGCCAAUAGCCCGGUGUCGGCGCCGGCGAGCACCUUUGGCACGGGUGAAGAUGACACAUUUCAGGACUCGAACGCCGCCUUUGACGACGUGGCCUACGACGCUGGUAGCCCACGGCGCUUGCAGGGAGCCGCCGGGGGCGGGCAGCCGACUCUGGGAACUGGUAGCUCAGGCAAUGACCUCGCCUGCCUUCUGGAUGCUCAAGGAGUGAUGUUCAGCAUCAUGCAGAUUGGCGUAGAGUGGGACUAUGCACAAAGGCUGAAUUGCGAGACUGGUGACUAUGCGAAUGGCCCAACAACGGAGACGCAAGUGAUUGCCGAGAAGAAGACCAGGGUGAGCUCUGCAUUGUGCUCUGCCAACGUGGGUGGCGUGAUCCAAGGGUUCGUCAACAUCAUCACGGUCGGGCAGAUCAUGGUCAUGCACUGUGACAACAUCAUGACUGCGUCACGGAUGUGUGGCCAAGGCAUCGCCAUGUUCUUCAGCGCUGCAGCCAACCUGGUUCGAGGUACAGGCCAGCUCUACGACUUUUGCCAACUCAGAUCCUUCAACGCUGACCAGGUGGUUCAGCAUUGGGAUCUAAAGAAAGAGAUGUAUACCCGACGCCUGCAGCAGGUGGGACAUGAAGAAGUUGGGGGCCAGGUGAGCCUACCCCUCUCUUUUCAGGGAUGACCCGCGGGAUGCAGGGAAUCUCCAACUCAUGUCCUGCAAACACGAGGACACAAGGUGUCUGAAUUCGCCACCGAUGCGGCAAACAGAGUCAAAACCUUUGAGGUCUCCAAGUGUCAACAUGUUGUGUAGCUCUUGUGGUAAAGUGGGUAACGCAUGUUUGUACAAGGUCACCCUACGCUGUCUAGCCACGUCUUAGGAAACACAGUGACAGGAAACACUUGCGCUAGCCUGUUGUCUCAGAAGUGCAGCAUAUAUGCAGGCUCUCUG